CAGGCAGGCAGGCGGGCGGGGCGAGUCGGGCAUAGCUGCGGAGCGGCCGGCGGCGGCCCCGAGCAGCCCCCUCCGCGGGAAGCCCCCGGCGCGGGGCGAGGCGGGGAAGGGGCCGGCGGCCAAUGCGAAAUUGGCUGGUGCUGCUGUGCCCGUGCGCGGUCGGGGUCGCGCUGCACCUCUGGCUGCUGCUCGGCGGCCCCGGGAGGCACCCGGCAGAUCACAUGUAUACAAUGCUCUUGUUUCCUGAAUGGUUCAUCAUAGGUCCACUGGCUUUCUUACCUCAGUGGGAACUGAAACAUUACGAUGUUAUCGUCGGUGUAUUAUCCGCUCGACACAAUCAUGAGCUGCGGAAUGUUAUAAGGAACACUUGGUUCAAGCACUUGAAACAACAUCCAGCGCUGAGCCCUCGUGUCCUUGUGAAGUUUAUAAUAGGUGCACAUGGCUGUGGUGUGCCAGUGGAGGACAGAGAAGAUCCUUACUCCUGCAAACUUCUGAACAUUACUAACCCAGUUUUGAAUCAAGAAAUCGAAGCAUUCAAUCUCCCUGAAGAUACGCCUUCAGUGCUUUCUGAAGACCGCAUUGUCAGUGUGAACUUCCGAGUUCUUUACCCCAUCGUCAUUACUAGUCUUGGGGUAUUUUAUGAUGCUGAUGGUGUGGGAUUCCAGAGGAAUAUCACUGUAAAACUGUACCAGGCAGAACAGGAGGAAGCUCUCUUCAGUGCUCGCUUUAGCCCACCUAGCUGUGGAGUGCAAGUUAACAGAUUGUGGUACAAACCUGUAGAACAGUUCAUUUUGCCAGAGAGUUUUGAAGGUACUAUUGUGUGGGAAAGCCAGGACCUUCAAGGCCUUGUUUCUAGGAAUCUUCACAAAGUGAUGGUUAAUGAUGGAGGAGGAGUUCUCAGAGUCUCUACGACAGGGGAAGGUUCAUGGCCACAUGAAUUCACAGAAGGUGUGGAAGGAAUAGCAGGAGGCUUUAUUUACACUAUUCAAGAAGGUGAUGGUCUUUUACAAAGCCUUCAUACUCGCCCUGAAAGGUUUGUAAACCACUUAAAAAACCUUGAAGAGGAGGAUGCAUUAUUGAAGGAAGAAAGCGGAGCCUAUGAUGAUAUUGUUUUUGUAGAUGUUGUUGACACCUACAGAAAUGUUCCAGCCAAAUUACUGAACUUCUACCGAUGGACAGUAGAAUCAGCUAACUUUGAUUUGUUGCUGAAGACAGAUGACGACUGUUACAUAAAUUUGGAAGCUGUGUUCAACAGGAUAAUGCACGAAAAACUCGACAGGCCAAAUAUCUGGUGGGGCAAUUUCAGACUAAAUUGGGCAGUUGAUCGGACAGGGAAGUGGCAAGAACUGGAGUAUCCCAGUCCAGCAUACCCCGCCUUUGCCUGUGGGUCUGGUUAUGUUAUCUCCAAAGACAUUGUUCAGUGGUUGGCAAGCAACUCUGAAAGACUCAAGACAUACCAGGGUGAAGAUGUGAGUAUGGGCAUUUGGAUGGCAGCUAUAGGGCCUAAGCGAUAUCAGGACAGCCUCUGGUUGUGUGAGAAGACAUGUGAAAAGGGAAUGCUGUCUUCCCCUCAGUAUUCUCCACAAGAACUAACAGAGCUCUGGAAAGUGAAGGAAUUAUGUGGAGAUCCUUGUAGAUGUGAGGAAAGAUGAUAAAGACUUGUGGAGAUACACAAUCAGAACUGCUAAGGUGGUGUUUAAUAGUGGAAAUUUCACCCAUAAUGUAAUUAAUAUUUGCCCAUCCAUUUUGAUAAAAAUUGAGUGAUCCUGUCCAGAGAAGCAUUUUUCUAUAGGUGAGGUGUUAAUUUGACAAAAACCAAAAGUUUGACUUUAUAAAAAAGGAAAUUAUCUUAAAGGACUAUUGGUAAUUAAUGUGCACAUAAAGCUCUAUUAGGAUGAUGAUAGCUGCAGAACCACUGGUAUCCAUGAGAGUCGGCAGGUGCAAAGUUCCAUGCCAGCACAUCUAUUUACUGGAUUAAUGUAAUCUGCAAACUGGGGGGGGGGAGGGUGGUAAAUGGUACUUGCUCAUGUAGGGUGGGGAUAGUUAUCUUUUAGGAUUUAUAUUGAGGUUGUGUAUACUUCCUAGUGAUUUGGAUGAGAUUAUGAUAAACUUUGCUUAUACCAAAUCUUGAACUACAGCAAAUAAUAUAACCAGAUUCAAAGGAAUUUGCAUCUUUCUGAUAACUCAGUGACUAUCUAGAUAAAGUAAAAAGUUUGAGCAACAUACAGAGAAUAUCCAUUAAACUGCAUAGCUCCACAAUAUGCUGACAAGUUAUUUUGAAUAAAUCCUCCAAUUCAGCAGCUUAAUCUUAAUUGUGAUCUUUUUUCCCUAUAGAUGUGUAAAUAGGAUAUAGCAACAAGAUCAGAAUAUGGAUCUAAACUUUCCACACCCCAUUCUAGGUACCUCUCUCUAGAGAGUGGUGUUACAUAAAGUAUUCCUUGAGGAAAAAAACAAAGCUUAAAGUUAUUUUCUCUCUCACUUAAAGCAGAGUUUAAGUGCCCUUUUCUAGUGCAACAGCAGUUGUCCUUGUAAUCUAAAAUCUCAUGUGACAUUUGUAAAAGUGAUUCUUCUAUAGAAAUUCGCCGCAUAAGACCUCAUGCUAAUCUUCCAUUUAAUCUGGGAAUUUAAAAGAACCCCUGCAAUUAUGCACCAAUUUUUUUUUUAAUUGAAAAUAUACAUGCAGGAGUUAGAAGCAUCAUUUCAAAUAGCCCUCUGUCCCAGUUUAUGAAAUCCACAUUAAAUAUGUACAAGAAGAGUGGCACGAAUUGCAGAUGCUCUCCUGGGGUAGCCUGUGGGCUCCUCUUCUGACGUUGCAUUUUAAAAAAAGUUACCACCGUACUAACAGAGAGUCUCCAUUUUCUAUAGAGUAAAACUGCAAGGGCUUUAGGUCAUUUUCUAGUUCAAUUUCUUUGCCUUCCAUCUAGAAGAAGAAAAAAAAAUUCAGACUUCGAUGAGGCUCUUUUAAAACGUACACACUUAGGCAAGUCUUUUGGUAAUUUUUUCCCCGGCCAUCUUUCAGGUCCAAAGGAGAUGGAUCAGGCCAUGGCAGUCAGUGAGAAUCUGACUUUUAGGGCCUUUGCUGGCCUUUAAAUGAAAUCUGUUUCAUUCUAUAGUAUUUUAGAAUGCAAUGUUGACCUUUUAAAUACAACUUAUGUUACUUACUUUAGAACUUUCAUAGGACAAUUUCAGUUCUGAACCAGGAAUUUUAAGUAGACGAUACAGCAAACCUUUGACCUUCUGAAUAGUCAUAGAAUCUGUCAAGAAAAAUCAAGCAACCUGAUUAUGUACUUACAUCCUUGCAGCCAAAUAUGGUUUUAUUUCUGAAUCAAUUCUAACUUCAUCAACUUUGGUAGACUAGACUGAUAAGUAACAUGCUACAACCUUAAAAUAUUUUCAUCCAACAUAGCUUCAUGAUUUAUUUUUCCUUUCAUGUCUAAGUGACCUUUAGUAUAGUUUUCAUACCUACCACUCAGAUUUUGGUGUGAUUUCUUUGGCACCAGGUGUCUCAACUUUCGAAGCACAAAGAAAUCAAUGUAUGUUUCAGGAUUUAAUUAGUUCUAACCAAACUGCUAGUAGUGUUAUGGAUUGGUUCAUAACAUAGUGCCAAGGCGAUAUUUUUAUAAUGGAACUUUGAGUAAGUUCAGUUUGUACAAGAGAGAUUUCCCAUUAUGUGUGUCUGGUACAGAGUUAUUGAAUUUUUUUUCAUUCUUUGAAGCUUUAUCUGAAGACACAGCAAUAGUGAGUUAUUUCUGUAAUAUCACACAAUGUAUGUAGAAAACUAUUUUUCUAUCAAACAUUUUUGUAAAAGUUGUAUCUGAUUUUAUGCAACUUGUGAUAAUAAAUGUUUUUUAUUUUAGAAUAAAAAAUGAAUAAGUCUUUCCUCAUAGAACAAA